AUGGCAACAAACGAGAAUCUCCCUCCAAAUGUCAUUAAACAGCUGGCAAAAGAGCUGAAGAAUCUUGAUGAAACCCCUCCGGAGGGCAUUAAAGUUGGGGUGAACGAUGAUAAUUUUUCGGUUAUAUAUGCUGAUAUUGAUGGCCCAGCUGGAACACCGUAUGAAAAUGGGGUUUUUCGCAUGAAGUUGAUAUUAUCUCAUGAUUUUCCACAUUCUCCACCUAAAGGAUAUUUCCUGACCAAGAUUUUUCAUCCUAAUAUUGCAACCAAUGGCGAGAUCUGUGUGAAUGCCCUGAAGAAAGAUUGGAACCCAACUCUUGGCUUACGCCACGUCUUAAUUGUGAUUAGAUGCUUAUUGAUCGAACCAUUUCCAGAAUCUGCUUUAAAUGAGCAGGCUGGUAAGAUGCUGCUUGAAAAUUACGAGGAGUAUGCCAGACAUGCCAGACUAUACACGGGAAUACACGCCCUCAAGCCGAAGCCAAAGCUCAAAACGUACCCCAUCUCUGAGUCAACCGCUGCCCUAAACGUUGACCAAGUCAACGCCUCGACAAAGUGUCCCGACCAGAAAAACCAUCCCCUCUCGAGCCAGGCUCCUUCCCCAUUGGCACCCAAACCGGAAAACGGUCAAGACUAUACGGCCGCCGCAAAUUCAUCUGCCGGCGGCUCGACAGCGGCUCCUCCAGCUGCUGCCGCCGCCCUGAAGAAGGAAGCUGGGCUUAGUAAGGCCCCAUCGGACAAAAAGAAGGUAGAUGCUAGAAAGAAAAGCUUGAUGAGAUUAUGA